AUGGAGAACCUCUCAGAACUCGGCAAAGGAAUUGCUCAAGUCUUGUUGCCCACGUACCAGCUAUACACGCCUUUAUUGCUCAGGCAAGCCGAGACUAUCCAGUCAACCCCACGUCAGACCUUCAGUUACGGCGAGCAUCCACGACAGCAGUUGGAUGUCUACACCCCCGCGACGACAACGCAAUCCAAGAUUGGCAAUGCUGUCUUCAUAUUUCUGUAUGGCGGAGGACUCGUCCGAGGCGAUAAGAUCAACGUGAAUUUCCCCGAGGGGCUGGUGUAUGCCAAUGUGGGCCAUUUCUUCGCGGAACACCUGGGAGUCAAGGUGGUCAUUCCGGAUUACCGACUCAUCUCCCACGAUGCGAAGUUCCCUUCUGGAGGCGAGGACCUGGAGCUGGUCAUUGAUUGGGUCAAAGAGCAUAUGGGCUCUGGCACAUCAAGCCCAACAAAUGUUUACAUCAUGGGCAACUCCGCUGGAGGCGUGCAUUUGGGAACCUAUCUCCUUGCUUCCCAAUUUCGCGGACAUCGUCAGAAAUUGUUCAUGGGACAUGCUCCAGCAUUGAAUCUGAAGGGCGUCAUAUUCCUGGCCGCCCCAUUCCACUUCGGUCAGGCCGUGGCAGAACGAGCACAAGUUCUUCAAGCAUACUUCGGGGAAGACGUCUUCAACCGGUCGCCGCUGGGGCUGCUAAGAGCGUGCAAAAAAGACGGAUCGAUUGGGGAUCUGAAUGGAGUUCCGGUCAUGGUGCUUUACGGGGCACUUGAUCCAGAGAACGAGAUUCUGACCCCGAAGAAUGACUUCAUCAAGGAGUGGGUUGAGACGGACGCCGUCGCCAACAACUUGACAGUCCUCAAGAUGGAGGGCCACAACCACAUCAGCCCGGUCUUGGGCCUGGGGACGGGCAUUCUCAAGGAAGAAGCAUGGGGUCGGCAGGUGGUCGAGUUUAUUAUGGCAGCAGCCGCUUCCAAGCGUUGA